AUGCUACUAUGCAGUAUACUGCGUGGAGCGCUAUCCGCGUCUUUCGGCACCGUCGUGCAGAUUGCAAUCUUCUUACUGCAGAACUCCAAUAUCACGAGAGUGCUCGCGUCCAUGCCACCAGGAGCCGAAGACGAGAUUAUCGUGAUCGAACAUCUGCCGGGACGGCGGGUGCAUCUCCAGGAUUUCUUUUGGACUGGCCUGGAAGACGCGCCGCCAUGGGUGGAUCCCAGUCAGGGUCUAACUUAUUACGAAACAAAAACAAUCGUUCACACUGUCACAGUUUACACCCCGACCGAUGAGAAAGACCCCAUAUCGCCUCAUCGUCCCGAUACUUACAAUCCAGAAUGCGUCACGUGCAUAGAACCGACACCUAGGUUGGACGACAAUGACGAUCAGAGCAUCGGAAUUCUUAUCGGAGAUGACCCUGGUCCGAGGUACUGGCUGUUGACAGUUCUUCGACCAGGUGAAGCUGUACCGCCCAAAAUUGAGCUUCGAUUGGCUCGCUUGUAUCGAGCCGCGUUUUCCAGACGGCAGCAACUGCAUCUCCAUAUGGAUCAACGGUCACGAAGAGACGCAUUAUUACGCGAUUUUGUUAACCGAAAGAACAUACAAAAACAUUUUGAAACUUCGUCUCAAGUAAAAGUUCCGCAAGAAGAAAUUUCCGCAAAUACAACCAAAACUCAAUCAUUCGAAUUAACAGUUGAUACCAAUGAAAGUUCUACGAUUCACGCAAGAACUGAAACGAGCGUUGGAAACUUAGUUGACGAGAAAUACUUUUCGAACGUUUCGCAAGUCAAGUCCAUGAGAAUGAUCGAAAUUCCCAAACCAAAAAAGAUGUUGCUGCCAGUAUUUGACAUUGACGCAACAAACGAUUACGAUAAAUCUGCAAAAGACGAUUUCGCUUUGAAGAAGAUCAUAAAAACGUUGCAAGAGGAAACAAAAUCCUUUUCUACACAAAACGAUGAAUCUAUAACUGUCGAUCCAACACAUCUUGUCCCCGAUACAAUUGACGAUUCCAGCAAACAAUUCCCGCUACAAUCAAUUCCAAUUCCCUCAUCUGAUUCAAAACUGAAUACUGAAAACAUCUCCAGAAGCCGAUCUAAUGAUAACGAAGAUACGAAUACAAGCGUACGUUCAAGAUUACGUUUAGCGGACGGUUCGAUUCCGGGAAUAGUAAAAGUUAGAAUGCAGAAUACGAGCAUUAUUGAAGAUGGUGCGAUGAGAUUGAUCUAUUCAGUUCAUCUCGAUGAUAAGCCUGUUCCUGCUAAAACCGCUGCAAGAGAUAUGGCGCUUCUUUCACCCCAAGAAGUCGCUCUGGAACUCGGUGCACCGGUAAUUGUUCAAAGUGAACCUUAUCUAAAGGAGAGUAUACCUCUGGCUCUAUCGAGAAGGAGAGACGCAUGGCUGUUAAUUGGUGCCGCUGGCGCGGGUGUCGUUUUGCUAAUUAUCGUUCUCGUUGGUUUAAUUUUGGCUGCCAAAAGAAAAAGGGCACACAGCGCUGUCGUUGCACCGCCGAACAAAAGUAUUCUUAAAAAGGAACGUGAAUAUGGAACUGCGACGUCCGGUUUCGAUAAUACUGCAUUCUCAACAUCGGAAACAGAAAUCAAGACCGAUGGUACCAGUCAGCGGCAAACUCCACGGACUUUAUCCCGAACUCCGAUCACGCCUGACACGCCCGAUAGUCUGGAAUUAGGCAUUCACGAAGUUUCCAGCGACGACGACGACGAAGAACCGAAGAAAACUCGUGGAUCGGUCCUUUGGAGUAUUCAAAAACACGCAGCAAAGAAAGCAAGAGCAUCUCAUGGAAAAAUGACGAGAGCGAACGCAAUGGACCGAGCUGAGUCACCGGAUUCGUUAACCGAUCAUAUAGAGACAUUGGAGUUUUUAGAGAACGGUUAUGCAAAACAUAAAGAAGAAUCUACUGCUUCGCCACGAUCUUAUUUAUCAAUGCCAUCGUGCAAACAAUUUCCUAGUAUGCGUAGCGUAGAACCACUUUCAAGAGUGUUGGAACCAGUCAUGAUUAGGCACUUAGACAUCGAUUCUCCAGAAUUAGUGCGUCACAAUAGAAAUGACAAUAUUGACGAUACGUUUCUCGCAAGAACAUCGAGUGCCUCAAAGGAUCCUGGAGCUGUAGGACCGAUUGUAUGGAAUCUUAGGAAACAGAUACUUUCUACAGAAGGUAAUGGUACGUCCGAAACGGAUGUCGAUGGAAUGUACCAUCUACCAUCCGGACCCGUGGGCCGCGCCAGAAAGAGACUCCACGAGUUGCUCGAGGACUCCUUCAGCCUCUUCGGAAGCAGAGAUGUCAAGAUCAAAGAGUCGCAGCGACCGUCGCAGCCGAUCACCGUUGCACGUACAGCGGAUACACUCGCGAUACUUUCAGAAACCAGAGGCAAAUCCGCCCACGUCAGCCCAGUAGCAACGCCAACGAUGGAAAUGAAGAUGCGACCUCGUACAUCAUUACCACGUAGAGGUCUGGAUGAGGAUAUUCCGGAAACUGGGCAAACCGAAUCAAUUCAUUCUCGCGGUGCCUGGGGCUCAAGACCACUCAGCGCGGGUCCGUUUCAUAGACCAAACUUACCAGAAGUAGACACCAGGCGUAUAUUAGCAGAUAGCAGGCUUCCACCAGAAGAUCCUGCAGUACCUUUGAUCGCAUCAAUCAAAAAAGAACUUGAAAAGUUCUCAUCCCAGUAGA